AAUGCCGCGCUUGCGUGGGAGGUUCUCGACAGAAUCGAGUCAAGGAUCUACAGGCCGGGCAGGUCCUGCAAUAACGACGGAUAUAGAAGCCGAAUAAAACAGAAAUUAGAGAAGCGCAAUCUACAGCCAUCCUUUUAAAAAUACCAGCCAUCCACGGGAAAAUACGAUUGGAUCUGGUUUAAAACAGGCUUCGGACGUGAAACAGACAAAGAUCAUAGAGAAAGGGUGCAAAAAGAAAUUUCCAUACUCGAUGACAUUACAUCGCAAUGUCCGAUCGUUUGGGGCAAAUAACCAAGGCAAAGGAUGGGAAAAGCAAGUACUCGUCUCUCAGCCUGUUUGAUAAGUACAAGGGAAAGUCAAUAGAAAUUCAGAAAACUACAGUUGUUCCUCGACAUGGCUUGCAGAGUCUUGGUAAAGUGGCCGCAGCCCGGCGAAUGCCUCCUCCCGCUCACUUGCCGAGCUUGAAAUCUGAAAACAAAGGAAACGACCCCAACGUGAUUAUUGUGCCCAAAGACGGAACAGGAUGGGCAAACAAGCAGGAGCAACCAGACCAAAAGAGUUCUACUGCAUCAGCAGCACAGCAGCAGGAAUUGCAGCCACAGCAGGCUUUGCAGAAAUCUGUCUCCAAUCUGCAGAAACAGACACCAGCGACCAGCCAGGAGAACACAAGUACAGGUGGACCAAAGCAAUGGGCACAGGUGAAUGGAAAGCCGGUAGAAAAGGAUGGUUUAAGGGCCUCAAGCCGACUGCAGCCGUUCUCUCACGAGGAAUUUCCAUCGCUGAAAGCAGCUGGCGAACAGGACAAGGUUAUCAAGGAAAGAAGCGUCUUCGAUCUGUCGUAUGGGCCAGGACCAAGCCUCCGCCCUCAGAAUGUGACAAGCUGGAGGGAGGGUGGUGGGAGGAACCUUCAUCCUGUGACAUCACCAGUUGGUCUUUCCUACGAGCCCGAAGAGAAGAGCAACGGCUCAGGUGAGGGAGCCCCCGCUCCCCCUCCUGCAGCCCCCUCCUCCGCCCCAGAAAUGAAGGACCCUUCCCUCCGCCCCACCCAGCCCGUCCGAAGAGGGACACCAGUGGCCCUGCAGUACCAGAGUCUGCAGCAGCAGCACCACCCACCCGCAUCCUACCACGACAUGCUUCCUGCUUUUAUGUGCUCUAAAGAGUCUCGUGACUGUCCCGUGUCCUCCGAACGUGGACCUCCGCUUAUUCCUCCCCCGGUCCGCUUUGAGGCUCGACAGACUUUCAGACCGCAGUACCAACCAGCUGAACCUGUCAACGGUGAGCCAAGGAGAGAGAACAGGUUCCCUCGAGGGCCUCCCCGCACAGCCCGAUCAAUCGGACGCUCUGGAGAUCGACCUCCAAGGCCAGCUAUCAUUAACGCUGAGGAACUCAAGGACCUGGAUGAUCUAGACCAUGAUUUAGAGGAUGGUUGGGCAGGUCUCCACGAGGAGGUGGAUUACAGUGAGAAACUGAAGUUCAGCGAUGAUGAAGAGGACCAUACUUCAGCAGAGAAAAAGAACAAAUGGACUAAUGACUGGGAUUACAGACUGGAUCGCCAGUCUUCCCUGAACUCCGGGGAGGGGGUUUACAACAGGGAGACCCCCGAAGAGGAUGCAGUGUGGAAUGAUCCGUCUGCAAGCAGGGCCGCACACAGAUAUCAAGACCCACAGCAGCAAAGGAAACCCAGUAACUGGGCCCCCACUUCAGAGUCUCAGGUUCAGCAGAACCCCCCAGCCGGUAUCCGCAGACGCGAGUCGGUGGAGGAGAAGGAGGAGAGACAGGCCCCCAGAGCGAAGUUUGCCUCUCCUGAGCUCUCGGAGGCCGUGGAGCGUGCUCGUCGUCGCCGGGAGGAGGAGGAGCGGUGUGCACGAGAGGAGAGGCUAGCGGCCUGCGCGGAGAAACUGAAGAGGCUGGAUGAGAAAUUGGGGAAGGACAAGGUUCAGAAGCCAGACGGCUCUCCUAAGGAGCUUGACAGCAAGGGUCCCGAGGAGCCCCUGUCUCCCUGCAAAGAUUCCAAAUCAAGCCAAGAGAACUGGCAGUAUGGCAGUAAAGAUUCGGUGGAGAUCCCUGUUGAGCACUAUAGUAAUGCAGAUUAUCCUGAAGAGGAGGUGUCUGGGGUGCACUGUCGGAGCGAGCCGACCUCCCCUGUGCCAGACUAUGGGAAGUAUCAGAAGUCUCUGCCUCCGCGUUUCCAAAAGCAGCAGCAACAGGAGCAAGUUUACAAAAUGCAGCAUUGGCAGCAGCAGGGACACCCCCCUCCACCUGGGACUGCACCCCCUCACCCUCAGCGCUCCUAUUACCCCCCUCAUGUGCUUGGCUUCGACCCCCGUUGGAUGAUGAUGCCACCUUAUAUGGACCCCCGCAUGGCCCAGGGUCGCUCCCCUGUGGACUACUACCCAGCACCUGUCCACUCUUCAGGGAUGAUGAAGCCUAUGAUGCCGCAAGACCACCUGAGCAGCCCGGGCUCCACUCAAGAUGAGAAUUGUCAUCCUUCCGUGUUGCAGGAGCGGAGAGCUCCGUCCACAGAGCCCUACCCAGUCUGGAGUCAGGAGAGUUAUCCACCUGCCCCGACCAGGAGCUUCACACCCCCCUAUCAGAGGCAGCACGAGAACAAAGACAUGAACAGGGCUGAUGACAGGAGUGAGAGAACAUACAUUCGGCAAGACUUCUAUAAAGACAGAGGGGAGGAAUAUGGGGACUUGUCGGCUGAAGAUAUGUCUAACCUUGAUUAUCAGGGCAUGAGGCCUGAUGUGGGUGUCAGCCCUUCCCAGAAAGAGAACGGCCAAAAAGAAGCUUUAUCCCCUGUGAAACAAAACAGUUCGAUUUCAGGAGACGCUAAAACUGAUCGGCAAGCUGAGGCAAAGGAAUUGGGCAUCGGGCACUGUAAAGAAAGCUGCGACUCAAGGGAGGAAGUGUUUGAUACCCCCGAGAGAGAGACCUUUGCUUCUGAUUUUUGGAGGAACGAAGGCGUUCAGAAGAAAGAUUCCAGCCCCCAGUCUCAGUGGUCAGAUACAGGCUCAAGUACCAGCAAUAGCCAGCAGCAAGAACCAACUGGGAGACCGCCUACCAGGAGAACUGGCCCAAUUAAGAAACCAGUACUCAAGGCUUUGAAGGUUGAAGAUAAAGAAAACGAGAAGCCCAAAGUUGAACCGCAAGAGAAACCCGCCCCAUACAGAAUCAAGGAGAAGGAAGUUCACUCUGGACACGAAUCGAAAAAGGACUCGAUUCUUCCUCUCAGUACCAAAUAUUCAGUUUCCCCUGCCCUUAACACUCCUGAAGACUCGUAUCCCCCUGCCAAAGCAGAGAAAUCUGCUGAAAGUUCCCAAGAUGAGGAGCAGAAGGACAACAGCUGGGAGAGCAAAUCGCUUUCCAGAAAUUCUGGUGACCCUCCUGCUCCCAGGCGAAACAACUGGAUAUUCAUUGACGAGGAACAAGCUUUUGGAGGGGUAAGGGCCCCGGGGAGAGGCAGGGGGAGAGGAUUCCGAGAGUUCAACUCCAGGGGCAGAGGUGAAAUGACAAGAGGUGCCUACAAUGGGCAAAGGGUGGGCAGAGGACGUAACCCGCGAGAGUUUACCCAGCCAGACGACUCCCAGAGAGGAAAGCCUCGCCGUCGCAACGUCAGCGAGACGCUCAGCGAAGCCUCGGAGUACGAGGAGAUGCCCAAGCGGCGUAAAGAGAAGGGGUCUGAAAACGGUGGAGAAGCCGGCCACUCCGAGACUGCAAGCGUAAGAAGAGUUGACACGAAGGAUUCCUGGCGAUCAAACAAGGUCUACAUGGAGGAGCAAGGCAUAGAUGGUAUUGAAAAUCGAGAGAAGCCUAAAGCCACCCGGGGGUUCGGCAGGUCUCUGCCUCCCAGGCUGACCAACACUGGCUAUGGGAGAGGGUUUGGUCCGAGGGAGACGUCUACGUGGAGGGGCAGGGGUGUACAGUAUGGAGGUGGCCCAACCCAGGAGAACGGGUACAUUCCAGGUACUGAAGUGUUCUCUUCUAGAAGACCACAAGAAAGGGAGCCUUUCAGAUAUCCACAGAAAUAUCCUGGGUCUUUUGUGGACAAUGGGUUUGAAGAGCGGGGAGGAGAUGAUUAUUGCGUUGACGGGGAGAACCCAGACAACAGACCCCUGAGGCGCAGACGACCCCCCCGCCAGGACAAGCCCCCGAGGUUCAGGCGUCUGAGGCAAGAAAAGGAAUCUGGAACGGAAUGGAACAGCGAGGAACACGUCAACGCAGAUUUCGCUGGCCCCUGGUCCAGCAGGUCAAAGGUGGAGGAGAAUGGCGUUUCACAUCAUCCUGGUGGCAGAUCCCGGGAUGCCCCACAUCGCGGUCCUUCGGAGCAGGCAAACGAGGAUUGGGAGACUGCCUCAGAAAGUAGCGACUUCAACGAGAGGCGGGAGAAACGCACUGGGCUCUCCCAGGGUGAGAUGGCGUCCGAUCUGGGUCAUGGCGAUGCUAGCUCUGGAGAGAAGAGAGAACUUGCCAAGCGCAGCUUUUCCAGUCAGAGGCCUGUAGUGGAACGGCAGAACCGUAAGGGGGAUCCGACUGGGCUGGGGGACAAAAUAUCCAGGUCUGGCGAACCAACAUCAAGGAAUGACAGCUGGCAGAAUGCAAUGCCCCAGAACACUAGAAGGUCUCCAGAAGAAGCGUCAGGUUUGAACUCCAGUUCCCUAUACAACGUGGAUCAAUCUGUGAAGGCAGACUGCGACAUCCCUCGGAAUAUCUCUUCAGAACCCACCAAUAAAAAGGUGGAAAAGGAACUUAAAUUGGGACCUCAGAAAAAUGACAAGCAGGAGGCUUUGUCUCAGUAUGACCUGAAUUAUGCAAUGGAAAGCGAAACUGUAAUAGUCCCUGGCGGAGAGGGGUUCACAGAGGUCCUGUCCAAGAAACAGCGGCGCCUUCUAGAGGAUGAGCGCAGAAAGAAAGAGCAGGGAACUCAGGUACCUGUAAAAAGCAGAGUCCUAGCCUCUAAGAUGCCACCUCGUUUUGCAAAAAAACAGAACAGCAUUACCAUGGACCAGCCAGAGGAUGCAGUGUCAACUAGCAACCUGGGAACUGAAAUCUGGGAGAGCAAUAACACCGCUCUUUCUGUUCAGUCGACUGGUGGAGACUCCUGGACAAAGCCUGUGACUGCAUUUGCUGCUACCGAACCAAACUCUAAUGAGGUGUUUAAGGGGAGUCAGACUGACAGUGGGAUUGACCUGAGUGCUGAGUCUCAGGGAUCCUCUGCCACCUCCUCCCAGAGAAGUUCCCCUUAUGGCACCCUCAAGCCUGAGGAAACCAACGGGUCAACCCAAGCAGAACCAAAACCAGACGGGCUCAAAGACCUGGCACACAAGCAGGUGGAUAAGAAGGAUUCUGAGGCUAAUGCAGAACAAAGCAAGGAGCACAAACCUGGUCCUAUUGGGAAUGAACGGUCGCUGAAACACAGGAAGGGGUCCGAGGGAAUGGAGAGACUGGAGGGAAACAUCCCCCCGGUUAAUGGAGUGGACAUUCAUGCAGAUUCUGUCAUUCCUGUGCCACCUAUUGAAUUUGGUGUCAGCGCAAAGGAUUCUGACUUCAGUUUGCCUCCUGGUUCCACACCUGUUCCAGUUUCAAACCCAGUAACCAAACUACAGGAUGCCCUGGCCAGUAAUGCGACCCUUACUCGAGGAAUCCCAAUGCUCCGAAGAGACCAUCUGCAGCAGGGUAUCAAUCUGAACCCGCUCUCUUUCCCAAGCACAGACCUCACUUUAAAGAUGGAGUCUGCCCGUAAGGCCUGGGAGAAUUCGCAGAGCUUGCCUGAGCAGGGGUCCCCGGGAGGGGCAGGCUGUGGUGCUCAGCCUCCCUGCAGUGUUGGGUCAUCCAGUGGAGUGAGCUACAGCUCCUUUGGGGGAGUGUCCAUGCCGCCCAUGCCUAUCGCUUCUGUCGCACCUUCUGUAUCCAUGCAAGGUAAUCAUAUCCCACCCCUUUACCUUGACGGUCAUGUCUUUUCAAGCCAGCCUCGAAUGGUUCCUUCCAAUAUGCCUCAACAGCAGAGCUAUCAACAGGCUGCAGCUGCACAGCAGAUCCCCAUUUCUCUCCACACCUCUCUCCAAGCUCAAGCCCAGCUGGGGCUGCGGGGUGGACUCCCUGUGUCUCAGUCCCAGGAAAUGUUCAACUCUAUCCAGCCCUUCAGGUCCCAGGUAUACAUGCACCCAAACCUUUCCCAGCCCAACGCCAUGGUUCUGCCUGGAGGAGCCCCUCUGAAAGGGCACUACUCUGCCUUCCCUGGCAUGCAGCCCUCCGAGAUGAAGCCACAGUCUGGAUCUCCCUACCAGCCAAUGAGUGGGAACCAGGCCCUGGUUUAUGAUGGGCAGAUGAACCAGGCAGCAGGAAUGGGAACGUCGCAGCUGAUGGAUUCACAGCUCAUACAGGUGACGAUGCCUUUACCUGGAUCCCAGCUUCGGUACGGCUCUGCCCAGCAGCAUCUGAUCCUUCCCCAGUCCAUUCAGCUCCAGCAAGGCCAGAACCUGCCAGUGGGCGCCCCUCGCAGGAUCAUUUCCCCAGGCUCCCAGCCGCCCGUCAUGACUGGCAGUAGGGAGGUGAGUUAUUUCAAUACCCCACCGAUGGAUAUGAAAGGUUUUCAGUUUGCUGAUAAACAGAACCACUCUCCUGGAAUGCCAGGAGGAUCUGCUCCAACACCUUACAGCGUGUUUUUUCUGUCUAGGCCUGGAUCAGUCAGCCCAAGUGGGAAGCCCUCGGGCCCAGCAGGAGCAGCGAAUGUAGGUCCCCUCCCUGGACACUACACCCAACAGAUCCCUCCACCUCAAGGCAGCAUGAUGAUGCAUAUGCGGCCCCCUUCAAGCGGACCUUUCCCAAACCCUAUUCAGAGGCCAGUGAUGCAGAUGAACAAGGGGCCCCAUGCUCCCGCUGUGCUCAUCCGCUCACCCCAGUACCAUAGCAACCCUGGCCGUGAGCCCCCUGCAUCUGUCUCCCCCGCUAACAGCACAGACUCCAAGGGGGCGGAGGAAGCCAUGAAGGUGAGCCGCCAACAAUUCUAAAUGCAGACAGGCAAAGCAGCGAGAUGUCCUUCAGUCUGCCAGGGAAGGAAAGGGACAAGCAGGGAUGUCGAAACUGCAAGAACCACAGACGCCGGGCCAGAUGAAACCAGUCCGCACUGGGGCAAUUAAACCACAGUCUGAAGGUUGAGGAGGGCAAAUUUUUUUUUUUUU